AUGGAUAUGUCUGACGAGGCUAUUUUUGAAAGGGUCCAAGAAAUUCUGCAGCCUUUGUGUUUGGACCAAGAUGCAUACAAGGCAAUAAUGAUGAAGAUUUUGGAUGCGAUGAUUCGCGGACUUAAUUUGGAAACUAGGCCAAUAUCUUCCAUCAAAAUGUUCCCAUCUUUUGUUACAAGGUUUCCUACUGGAAAAGAAACGGGCCAGGUUCUUGCUCUUGAUCUUGGAGGAACCAAUUAUCGUGUUUUACUCGUCACUCUAUCAGGAGAUGGACGUCAUCCUAAAAUUGACGAGCGGACCUAUGCCAUACCUUCACAAUACAUGCUGGGUUCUAGUAAAGACCUCUUUGGUUAUAUUGCCUCCACACUGCAGAAUUUUCUCAAGCGUUACGGACUUGAAGAUAAGAGUCUGCCCUUAGGCUUUACAUUUUCUUUCCCUUGUGAACAAAAGUGUUUGAACAAAUCCCUUCUAGUUCGAUGGACAAAGGGAUUUAACGUUACGGAUGCUAUUGGCGCUGAUGUAGCGCAGUUGCUCCAAGAAGCAACAGACCAUAUUGGCCUUAAAGUAAAAUGUGUUGCUGUUGUCAAUGAUACAGUGGGCACGCUGGCUUCGUGCGCACUUGAAGAUCCAAAAUGUGCAGUUGGCCUUAUUGUUGGGACUGGUACAAACGCAGCCUACAUAGAAAAAGUUGAAGAAGUGGAGUUAAUGCGAGUACUUGAAAGCAGUAAUGGCGUCCACCGCCCCCCUGAGGAAGAUAGUGUCAUCGUUAACCUCGAAUGGGGGGCGUUUGGUGAAGCUGGCGAGUUAGAAGAAUUCUUAACUGAUUUCGAUCGUGAGCUAGAUCACGAUAGCUUGCACCCAGGGAAGCAGAUAUUCGAGAAGAUGGUGUCGGGGAUGUAUCUUGGUGAAAUAGUUCGUGUUAUCCUAUUACACCUCGUUAAGCAGCAGCUGUUAUUCCGAGGUGAGAUGCCUGAACCCUUGGCAACACCUGGUGGCUUCCACACAAAACUAAUUACGGAGACUGAACGGGACCCACCACAUCUGUUUUACAGUACGCACGCUGUUCUAACUGAGGACUUAAAGUUGCCUAUCGUUGAUCCCAUUGAUGACCGUGUGGUUCGUUUGGUUUGUGAACUUGUUUCUAAGCGAGCAGCAUACUUAGCAGGAGCAGGCAUCGCUGCUCUCAUACACAAGUUAAAUCGAUCCCAUGUUACUAUUGGAAUCGACGGUUCGUUGUACAAAUUUCACCCCAAAUUCAGGGAGCGGAUGACAGAUAUAAUUGACCAAUUGAAGCCAGCUUCUGUCAAGUUUCGACUUCGACUCUCAGAGGAUGGAAGUGGAAAGGGAGCGGCAGCGAUUGCAGCGGCUGCCACAAGGACCUCAGACGCGUGUUGA